CGACUGCCAUGUCAAUGAAAAGAUACCAGUCACCGAUUACACUUAAUCUUAUGAUAAUUUCGGAGAAUGGUUCAAUAUACGAUGCUAUUUAGUAAUAAAUAGGACGCGUAUAUCGAAACAUUAAUUAUUGUAAUCAUUAACCAAUUAUCAAUGUCGGAUAUAAAAAAAUAAGAUAAAAAUACCAUGGCUGAUCCCAGUGCUCAGGAGUGUGAACCUUUAAAAACUGGAACGCAAGUAAAAACGCAUGAUAGUGGAUACAAACGUAUCACUAAUUUCUUCAAAGUAUUCAAACACAUCACAGUUGAACCAACAGGUGCCAUCUUUCUUUGUGCCUGCAUCUUUGUGGUGACCAGCUCUCAAACACUUCAGUUGGAGAAAACCUGUCGAGUAAACCUGAAUCUUGGAGAUGAAAUAUGUACUUCACUCAGAAACCAAGACUCGGCUAACAACAGUAUGUAUGAGAAGCAGGUACAGCAAUACCUAGCUCGGAGACUGGCAUGGAAAAGUAUACUCCAGUCUGUGUUGCCAUGUAUUACACUUGUGUUCAUCGGAGCUUGGAGCGACAAAACUGGAAGAAGAAUAAUUAUAAUAGCAAUGCCUAUGAUAGGCGAGAUUUUACACUGCAUAAGUAACAUCGUGAAUGUUUUCUUUUUUUACGAACUGCCUGUGGAAGUACAAAUUUUUUCAGACGUAAUUUUAGUAGGCUUGGCCGGAGGCUGGGCCACCUUAUUUCUAGGCUUAUUUUGUUACAUAGGAGACAUCACAACGGAAGAGAACAGAACUCACCGUUUGGGAUUUGUGCAGUUUUUCACGUUCAUCGGCAUGCCCAUAGGCCUGGGAUUGUCCGGUGUUGUUUUGAAGAGAUUUGGUUACUAUGCAGUGUAUAGCAUUGCAUUGAUUAUGCAUAUUUGUAAUAUGUUCUAUGUUACUUUGAAACUCAAGGAUCCAGAACGAACAGACAAUCAAAAGAAGCACGAUGGACGAGGUUUCUUCUACUUCCUUCGCCUCUUCUUCGACUUCACGAACAUCAAGGAGACGAUGCGCGUCGUGUUCAAGAAGGGACUGAACAAUCGACGCAUGCGCAUCUGCAUCUUGCUGGGCACUGUGAGCAUCCUGUUUGGACCUAUGUAUGGUGAAAUAGCCGUAAUGUAUAUGUCAACGAGGUACCGAUUCGGAUGGGAUGAGCUCCAGUUCAGCAUAUACCAGACAUACAACUUUGUCACUCACACCAUUGGUACGGUGUUCUCCCUCGUCGUAUUCAGCAAGAUAUUGAAAUGGCACGAUUCGAUGCUGGGCAUAAUUUCCACUAUCAGCAAGAUCUUUGGCUCCUUUAUCUACUGCUUUGCGACCACGGCAACGAUAUUCUACAUCGCUCCUUUGGUGGAAAUAUUAAAUGGAACGUCUCUUCUAGCGAUGAGAUCCAUCAUGUCAAAACUAGUGACUCCUGAUGAAUUGGGUAAAGUAAACUCAAUUUUUGGGCUGACUGAGACCCUGAUGCCUUUGAUCUACGUGCCGCUAUACACCACCGUGUACACUCACACCAUGGAGGUACUGCCGGGCGCUGUGUUCCUCAUGGGUGCUUGCAUGUCCAUACCGGCGAUCGCUGUCUUCUUCUGGCUAUUAUAUGAACACAGAAAAGGAGUGCGUCGGAUAAAAAAGGAAGAAAAUGGGGUUACAGAGCCUCUUAACGGGACUGUGGAAAUCCCUUUAGAUAUAGUUAAUAAUGAAGCUAGUUAGCUAAGUGCCAUUAUAGAAUAAUAUUGUUGC